CUCGUCGUCCAGUCUGUACUGUAGCUAUAACAACGCCCUCAACAAUGGAUGGUGGACAGUUCCUGGACAAAGUGGUCAUCGUGACUGGGGCGAGCUCUGGCAUCGGUCAACAGGUGGCCUUGACCCUCGCCGACAAAGGCACAAAACUAACGAUUCAAGGUCGCGACCAGGACAGACUGAACGAAACUCUAGAACAAUGUCGGAAGGCGAGCGGGAAAAAGGGCAAUAUCACUACAGUUCUAGGUGACGUCACUGAAACGGAAGUGAGGAAAGCCCUCGUGGAUAAAACAAUUCAGACUUUUGGCAGUUUAGAUAUUCUCAUCUCCUGUGUUGGGAUGGCUUUUCCUUCGUCUGGCAUCUUUGAUGAGACGGAGGAAACCUUCGAUAUCGUUAUGAACUCUAACCUUCGUUCCGUGUUUUUCCUUAUCCAGUACGCUACCCCGUACUUGGAGAAGACGAAAGGGAGCAUCGUUGUGGUGUCCUCUGUAGCGAGCUUGAUGCCUCAGCCACAGAACACUGUCUACGCCAUGGCAAAGAACAGCCUCAACCAUUUGGUCAGUUGUCUGGCGGUAGAGUUGGGACCUAAAGGUACUUUCUGUUCAUUUAUCAAGAUAUCUCCCUCCCCCUUGUCUGUCUCUGUCUGCAUUCGAAUCAACACCACAAACCCUUCUGCGACUCGAACCCGCGCCUUGAGAACCUUCGACCAGGCGCUCGGCAUGUCCGACUUCAGCGUGAUGGACAUGAGCUUGAAGAUGCUGGCCUCUGCCCACCCCCUGCAUGGACGCUGUGCCACUGUCCGAGAACAGAGUGACGUCAUAGUGUUUUUGGCCAGUGCCCAGGCCAGCUUCGUCACUGGCCAGCACAUCUAUGUUGAUGGGGGAAUCUGCCUGCAUAUGGGAACACCCACUCCAAAGAUGGAAUAGAACCGUAGAGCAGCUGCUGUUGUUUGUUGUUGUUUGUUGUUGUUGUUGUUGUUUUUGUUU